GCUGACCGACGGACGGACGACAGCCCAUCAGCAGAAAAAACACCAUGUGAAGAAAAAGUAUAUAAAAGGGGACACGGAAAGCAAACUUGCGAGGGCGAGAAGUCAAUCAUUCGUCUCACCGACACCGGGUCAGCUUGUUUAACGGCUCGGCAGAGAGCGAAUGGACAGAGCGCGAGAGGAGCAGGACAGUCUCCGACGGUAGCAGACACGUAUACCAUGCCGACGAGUGAUGGCCCCAGCCGCUUCCCGGUCUUUGUGGCUCCGCCCCACGCCAACCACCAGAGGUCUCCAGGUUAUGUUCCUGGGCGGGUGGCCCCAGUUCGCUCGCCACCACCUGCCAAAGCUCCGCCACCUCCACCCAUAAAACCCCACGGCCCCCCACCGGCACAACGAGCCACUUUCAACCUAUCAGAGGAGAACCAGCGCAGGGAACGUGCUCAGAACCUCCAGCAAAGAAAGAAUACAUUUAUCUGCUUUGGAGUGUCGACUGGGGCUUUCCUCCUCACCCUCAUCCUUAUACUUAGUCUCACAAGUGGAGAUGUGUUAGAUGAGAAUUGUCCGGACCACAACCCAUCUCUCAGUAGCUGGAACCCAGGCCACCAACCAGAGAAGGCUGUUGUUGUGAGGAGGGGGCAUUUGUUUAGAUUGGAUGCUUCAGCUACCUUUCAGUCUCUAACCAUCCAGUCAGGAGGUCGGGUAGUUUUUGCAGACAAUGCUGACGGCUCCAAAAACAUAACCUUGAAAACCAGUCACAUCCUCAUAGAAGACGGUGCAGCCCUUCACAUAGGUGCUCCCAAAUGUCGCUACCGAUCUCGUGCCACUAUCGUACUUGCAGGCCGCUCUGACAGCAAGGCAAUCCCUGAAGUGCCCGGCCUGGGCCGCAAGUUCAUAGGUGUCAUGGGUGGUGGGACUCUGGAGCUACACGGUACUGAGAGAAUUUCCUGGUCUCUGCUGACCCGAAGCAUCCCGGCCUCCGGUCUGGCCACAGGGGGUUAUGCCUUUCAGCGGAACUUCAGCCGAGGCAUUAACUUGCGCGUGGUAGAUCAGGACACAGCUGCCGUGCUGUUCUCUGAGCGCUACGACACACAUGACUCUCGUAAUGACAGUCGACGGCUCACUCAGCUGCUGAGGUCCCUGCCUGCGGGCCGAAUCGUCACGCUGGCCGUAGGAGACUCAGCUGUCAAAAGUCUUCUGGAUGAAACCAAGAAGGCCUUUGAAGAGAAGCUCGGCAGCAGCUUUGUCUAUGACCUCAAAUACAGACAGGCGUGGGCUUUGGUCUCGGUGGUAGGUGGCGGAAACGCUUCAUGCACAGAGGACGUUAGGGAACAUGAAAACCACAACACAGGGGGGAGAGCUCUGGCAAGACGUAACUUCACCACCAUGGACGGAGUGGUCUUUUCUGUCACCGCCUACAGCGAGUGGAAGAAUGGUUUCCCCAUCUCAGGCUUCCAGGUGGAUGCUAUUGACCAGGUAGUGCUGAACCUGCAGGAUGAAGUGCAGCAGACCUGGCAACCUGGGGAUCAGAUUGUAGUUGCCAGCACAGAUUAUUCCAUGCACCAAGCUGAGGAGUUCACCUUGCUGCCCUGCUCUCACUGUACCAGCAGGCAGGUCAGGAUUCAAGGGAGGCCUCAGUAUAACCAUGUUGGAGAGAUCGUAGAUGGAGUCGACAUGCGUGCUGAAGUGGCUCUGCUCUCCAGAAACAUUCUCAUCUCUGGAGAAAUGGAAAAUUCCUGCUAUGGAAACAUGUGCCAGUUCUACAGCCACGACACCUAUGGAGGCCACAUCAAGAUCUUUGGUAACUUCUCAUCAGUGCAUCUGUCCCACGUGGAGCUGAAGAACAUGGGCCAGCAGGGCGAGAAAGGCCGCUACCCCCUCCAGUUCCACAUGUGUGGGGAUGUGGACCAGAGGGGAGGCUACAGGGAGCCCACCUAUGUGGAUGGACUCUCCAUACACCACUCCUUCUCCCGCUGCCUCACCAUCCACGCCACCAACGGUUUGCUGGUGAAGAACACUCUAGGCUAUGACACCUUGGGCCACUGUUUCUUCCUUGAGGAUGGGAUCGAGCAGCGUAACACUUUCUACCACAACCUUGGCCUGCUCACUCGACCUGGGACUCUGCUGCCCACUGACCGCAAUGAGACCCUCUGCACCAGCAUCAAGGACAAAGUCUACAAGGGCUACACUCCCUCGCCCAGCACAGAAUGCAAGGCGGUUUCAACAUUCUGGAUCGCCAACCCCAACAACAAUCUCAUCAGCAAUGCAGCUGCUGGUUCUCAGGAUGCUGGCAUAUGGUUUGUGUUCCACAGCUCAUCCACCGGAGACUCUCAUGGGCUGGUACCAGAGACCAAGGCAGAGCUCACUCCACUGGGGAUUUUUUAUAACAACCGUGUACACUCCAACUUUAAGGCAGGACUGUUCAUUGACAAAGGAGUGAAGACCACCAAUGCUAGCGUUGUAGACCCCCGGGAAUACCUGUGUCUAGACAACAGUGCCAGAUUCCGACCACACCAGAAUGCCGACCCCAGCCGUCCUCGGGAGGCGGCCGUCAUCGACACUCUGAUCUCCUUCAAGAACAACGACUUAGGGGCGUGGAUACGGGGAGGUGACAUCGUCAUCCAGCGCUCUGGCUUUGCAGACAAUGGAGUGGGAUUAUCCUUUGCCAGUGAUGGCAGCUACCCUAAAGAUGAAGGCUCCAGCCAGGAGGUGAAGCAGUCUCUGUUUGUGGGUGAAAGCCGAAACAGAGGGACCAAUGGAGGACAGAAUAAAUACUGGGGCGUGGGAGGAGCUGAUGCAAAGAUGAGGACACUGCCAAGAAACAGGACGUUCCCAAUCCGAGGUUUCCAGAUCUAUGAUGGUCCGGUCCGGCUUACAGAGAGUACAUUUCGUGGAUUCAUCCCCACACCGGAGCGUUACACCAGUGCAGUGGGAUUCAAUCUGAAGAACACCUGGCAGCUCACCCCACGAAACAACCUGUCCCAGCUCAGCUUCCACUCCACUGUGGGUCUGCGGGCGUUCUUCGGUCGCCCCGGGCAGUGGUUUGAAGAGAACGACCUAGACGGCGAUAAAAACUCCAUCUUUCACGACGUGGACGGAUCAGUAACCGGCUACAGAGACACCUACGUCGGCAGAGCGGACAAUUACCUGAUCCAACAUCCCGGCUGUGUGAACGUGUCCCAGUGGAGUGGAGUGAUCUGCAGCGGCCGCUACUCUCAGGUAUACAUCCAGACCCAGGGAGCCCCCAGCCUCAGUUUAUCCAUCAGCAGAGACGAAUAUCCUGCUGCUCCUCUGGUACUGAGGGGCAUUAACAGCCAGGGGGCGCUGUCUCAGCAGUACCAGCCCAUAUUGAUGAUGAGCAAGAGCUACACUCUGCACUGGAGUGGACCUGCGCCCAGAGAGGUUGUGCUGUCUCUCAUCAACUUUGAUAAAGAUGACUGGGUGCUCGUGGGACUCUGUUACCCGUCAGACACCACAUUUCAGAUCAUGGCCGACAUCAACGACAGACAGAGCAACACCUUUGAUGACCUCACAGACUACGGCACUGUGUCAUCUCUCGCAGAGCUGGAGAAGAGGCCGAUGGAGAGGAAGUACUUCUUUGACCGAACUGUUGGCUUGUUGUGGCUCUACCUCCGGGCACGGCAUGGUCGGGACGGUCACAGCUACUGUUCGGUAAAAGGUUGCGAAAGAGUGAAGGUCAUGGCCACCACGUCUUCCAAACAGACCUGUAACUGCUCAGCCAAGGCCUACCCCAAGUACUCCAAGACACCUUCAGCAGUGGUGCCUAUGCCGGCUCUAAACACACAGCCCUGCAAAGGCUGCGGUGCCGAACAGCUUGUGUUUUCCAGCGAGCCGUGGACCUCCUACCUCCAGACACAAGUCAAGUCUCUCUGCAGCAAAGAGCUGCAGAGAGGAGAUAACAGCUCCUUUAUCACUGUGAAUGAGGUGACCAUGCCCUUCUCUCAGCCUGGGUAUUUCCUGGUCUCAGUGGAUGCCUGCUCUGGGAAAGUCACCAAGAAAACCUCAUUUGCCAAGAUGGAUGCCAAGAUGGAACAGUACCUAAAAAGUGGAAUACCACAGAGGUCAAUAGUUCUCAUGGCAACACGAGGUCAACCAGAAGGCCUGGCUGCUGUAGCACCAUAUCUGGUCUCCUUUGGUAUGGCCAAAGCUGCUGAGCUGCACAGCAAAGAGAGUCUGGCACUUUGGGGCUUCCAGGGUGGUUCUUCACCUCCUCCUUGGGUCUCGCUACAAGCCGGGCAGGGGGAUGAGUUCCUGGGGCUUCAGGAGCGGUACUUGCCCCUGGGUUUGGAGACAUAUGGCUGUACGCCACCUGCAGCUCAAAGGCGCAAAGAUCUGGAGCUACUCAAAAAAGCCACGGGACUACAAUGACCAAUGUGAACUACACAACUUAACUACCCAAAACACUCUUGCACACAGAUGCACAAACACACACAAACCAGCUGAUGAAUGUGAACUGCUGAACCUUUAAUUUAUUAACAAUGGCAAAGAUGUUGUGGAGAGAAGGUAUUUUAUUAUGAGCGGGACGAGUAUUUUUGUGAUUUUUGUGUGUGUGCAUGUGUAUGUGGAAGUAUGCCUUGGGGCCUUUGAGUCAAUGCACUUUCCUUUAAAGACACAACUUGCCUUAUCAGCCAAAGUGAUUUACAGUAUCUCAGUUGUUUAUCGUGGAAAAAAACAAACCCAAAGCAACCUUUAACAUCUACCUUCCAAUCUUAUUAUUUAUUAUGAAGUAAAUGAGAAGAGAAUGGAUUGGAUUGAUUGAAAACAGAACACGAUGCAUUUGAUACACACAGGCCAGGAGGAAAUUAGGAAAAUAAAUUGCAUUGUCCCUGAAAUGAGACCGUGUUCGAUUGGAAUUGACAAUGAAUGAGAUGGAUUAGAUGUGCUCAGGUCAAAGGGAAAUAAUGAAAAUAAAUGCCAUUGCAAUUGAGAAUUAAACAGCGAUAUUAAGCCAGAAAUUGACAUAGCAUAAAAACAGAGCCAGUGUAUUAGCGGUGUUAGCUGUUAGGAUUAUUUGAUGCAAAACAAAGUCAUAACAAGCCAUAUUCAUAUUAAUAUUUAAAUGGUUAUAUAGACAUAUGAUAGUUUGCAGUAAAAAGAAUCUGGCUGUCUUGCUUUUCUAACAUACAGAAAUGAUAUUAAAUAAGUUACUAAUAUAUGCUCUCUUUCCACCAAUCCUCACUCACAUCUUUUAGCUUUUUAGUUGAUGUCUGUAACACCUGAUUCUUUGACUGGAAAACCUCCUCUGAUCAUCGUGCAGCUGUACAACUAAAGACUUUAAGCACCUUUUUAAGGAUUCCUUCAUGGACUUACUGGAUCUUUGUAUCUCAUAUCUUUAUUUAUCUCUUCACAGUGAUGGUGUCUCAAUUGCUGGCCACAUGUGCAGCACAAAAAUACACAGACGUAUAUUACUUUUUUUUGGUUGCUUAAACCGAAUUGAAUGUUUUACCUUUUAUCUGCCUCAUUCAUGAUGUUUUCAUGUGCGUUAUUGCCAAAACCGUGUUUCAAUACAAUACAGGGUUCCUUUACAGAGGUGGUACCCUGACUUGUAGUGAGCAGCAAAAUGCAUACAGAUGCUAUACCAGCUGUAAGGUGUGAGGCUUUAUGUUGAGAAAAAGGGUGUUUGGAUGCGAGCAGGGCUCCCCCACUGAGCAAUGAUUAAUACCUAUCUGUGACUGUGUGUGUGUGUGUGUGUGACUGUGUGUGUGACUGUGUGUGUCUGACCAUGUGAGAUCCUCUGGAGGACAUUUACCUUGUUGCCUUUUAACCACUCUAUACUGUUAAAAAGAGCAAAAGAACAAAAGAAAAAUGUAUUCAACCUUUGCCUUUUGUUCAUUGAUGCUUUGAGAUGCACAACCAGAGAGUUCUUAAUGUUUUAAUCGAAGUGAGGUUUGUAAAUAUGGUGUUCAAUGUUAUAACUCAAACUGUACAUGUAAUACAAAUGUCAAGGUUGUCAAUAGUGCUUGUAUUUACUGUGUUUUUGUUUUUUGUCAUUUGAAAAACACGGAAACUCGGCAUUUGUUAUGAAAUUGCCUAUUACAAAUAAACAUUUAUGCUUUGUG